CAUGGCGUGCGCCCCACGCGGGCUUCGCGUAGCGCCAAGAGUCCCGUGGACACUAGCGCCUCGCGUCGGCGACCCGCAGAAUGCGUGGCUGGUGGGCGCGCAAGCGCAGUGGCUGCGGCAGCGCUUCCGGGACGGCGCUGUGCGACUUUUUUGGCGCGAGUGGGGACGGCGGCCGGGAGGGCGCGGUCCGCGCUCCGCGGUGUGGGUCCCGGCAGCGCCAUGCGCUACAACGAGAAGGAGCUGCAGGCGCUGUCCCGGCAGCCGGCCGAGCUGGCGGCCGAGCUGGGCAUGCGGGGUCCCAAGAAAGGCAGCGUGCUGAAAAGGCGGCUUGUGAAGCUGGUGGUCAACUUCCUCUUCUACUUCCGGACGGACGAGGCCGAGCCCGUCGGAGCCCUGCUGCUGGAGCGCUGCAGAGUCACCCAGGAGGAGCCCAGCGGCUUCUCCAUCAGCUUCCUGGAGGACCCCGAGAGGAAGUAUCACUUCGCCUGCGGCAGCGAGGCACAGUGUCAGGAGUGGAUGGGAGCUCUGCGGCGAGCCAGCUACGAGUUCAUGCGGAGGAGCCUCAUAUUCUACAGAAACGAGAUCCAGAAGAUGACUGGCAAGGACCCCCUGGAGCAGUUCGGCAUAUCUGAGGAGGCCAGGUUCCAGCUGGGUGGCUUGAAGGCCUGAGUCUGGAACAAGCCCUCCCCAUCCUCUCCGCGCCCUGGGUUUCUUGGUCAAGCCUGGAUUUCCUGCUGCAGGUGCUUGGCUUAAAGACUUCAAAAGUCCAAGAUUGGUGGGGGUGGGGCAGGGGCGGGUUGGAGAAAACCCAGUAACACGCCACCCCCGACCUGGACUGGUCUGGCACCUGUUGGGUGCCCCAUGCUGCUACCGGGGGACAAGUGUCCACUCCUAGAAGCUGCGGCCAGCCCCUCGGGUCCAUCCCUCUGGGGCCUGGCAGCUGCUGAGGCUGGUGUAGCCUUUCUGCCCUGUGCAGGCUGAAUGUAUGUAGCUAGACGAUGCUGUGAAGGACGUGGGGGGCCGCGCCUCUCGGAGCCACUGUGAAUUCUGCCGCUGGGGCAGGCCCUGGCCGAUGCCUCUGGGCGGAGCAGGACACCUUCACUCUCAGGCCAGUGUGCUUGUUGUACUCAAAUAAAGGGACCUCUUUUCCA